UGCUGCUUCCAACAACUGCAGAGCAGGCUUGUUCUCUGACAGUCACUGAAACCAGGGCAUUCAGCGUGCCAAGCAAUCCGGGAAGGCUAGGGUAACUGAGGGACCAGCCUCCCAGCAUCUGUGAAAGAAGAACGCAGCAAUCUUCAGCGAGAAGAUGAUGGCAUGUACAGAGAUGCUGACAAUGUGCUUGCUCUCUGCCAAGCACGCGUACAGCCCUGAAGUCAAAGACAGCCUGCAGAACUAUGGCAAGGGACUAGCAAUCUUCCACGAUGUUUUUCGACGAGCUGACAAGAAUGAUGAUGGGAAGUUGUCAUUUGAAGAAUUUAAGAACUGUUGUGCCGAUGGCAUCCUCAACUCUGAAGAACUGUGGGAGUUGUUCAGUGGCAUUGACAGGCGUCAGUCAGGCAAUUUAGAGACGGAGAAGUUCUGCGAGUAUUUCUCGGACUACCUUGGGGAAUACAGGCAUGUCCUGUCUGCCUUGGAGCAACUCAACACUGCUGUCCUGUCAGCCAUGGAUAAAACCAAACUGGUAUAUGAGAGUUCCUCCAAAAUGGAACAGUUUGUGACCCGCUUCCUACUUCGCGAGACGAUGAACCAGCUGCAGUCCCUGCAGGUCUCACUGGAAUGUGCUGCAGACACCAUUGAAGAACAGGCUGGCCGAGAAAGGAAUGAUGUUACCAAAUCAGAAGCUUUUGUUGGUCCACGCACUGCUAAAAGAUGUGGUCGUAGAGCUCAGAAGAACAUCUGCUUGUCUCCGACAGAUCCUUAUUCAGGGAUGCUCACCACAGGUGUUUGUGUGGAAACUGGCAGCCAGUGGACACCUGAGAUCGACCAACUACAACAGCUUAUUGACAAACUGGAAUGUAAGAGUCCAAGGCUGGAACCUCUGAAAGAUGAUGUGGUCUGCAAAGGAAGAGAUUCUUCUCACAUCCUGGUGGCACAGAGACAGAUCUCAGUGGCAGACAGUGGAUUAGAGGCAUUCCGCCAAGCUCUCCAAUCCUACACAGAAAUCACCGCCGGACAGAGCAGCUGCCUACAUGUGUCUGCCCACAAACUGUCGAGCGAUGCCUGCUUCAUCCUCUAUGAGUUUUGGCAAGAUGUAGCUUCAUGGAGAAGCCACCUGCAAUCAAACUACAGCAAAAAGUUUCAGCAUGCCAUCACUGACUUAUUGGACUCUCCAGAACUUUUGACCACCAUGCUCUUUCCAGCUUGCUGGUGGAUCAUGAACAAUAACUGAUCUCCCCAUGGCAUUCCCUCAAGGCAGCCAGCAUGUGGAUGGAGCAAGCAUUCUCUUUGAAAGACAGCCUUCCCUCCAGGGUUGUCCUCCCACCCUCUUCAUUGUUGCUUUUCUCAUCUAUAUUAAUGUGGAAUGCUUUUACCUUCUUUCCUUCUGCAGCUUUGGGAAUGGGGCAGCACUUUGGAAUGCACCCUGCAAUCCUUCCUGAGCGUUGUUUUCCUGCCACCUCCUACCAUUUUAACCUUAGGAGUUUCACCCAGAAUAAUGUCAUGGCCUUGCUAGCCCCUUUGGAUUGUUGGUGCUACAACAGUCGGUUUAUCCGGCAUAGCAUGAUGUACCUCCACUGUCGGAGGCAGUACGGCUAUGAAUUCCUAUUGCCGGGAAUCUCAGGUAGAAAGAGUGCCGUUGCGCUUAGGUCCUACUUGUGGGGCUUCCCAUAGGAAUCUGAUUGCCCGCCCACCACAUGAACAUGGGCCUUUGGCCCAUCUAGCAAGCUCUGAGCAUGGUGCCACAAAGGGAACACAAUUCAUACAGAUUGUUGUGGAGAUGUGAGGCUAUAACUCUUGAGGUGCAAGGCCAAUAUUGGAGCUGUAUAUUGUCAUCCCACAAAGCUCUGGAGAUUAAUUAAUGAGAAGACAGAUCACUUUUUAGGUCAGCUAUAACCAGCGCUUUCCUGCCCUGUGACUGAGGUCAUUGCAGAGUGCUUAGGAAACUUUGAUCAAGGAGAGUAAAAUUAGAAGAUUCUCCAGUAAGGAUCAAUGUUUUGCAUUAGGGGCUGUGUGCAUUUUGUGAUGCUGCAGAAUCUGAGAGAUCUACACUGGCUCCCAGUACGUUUCCGAGCACAAUUCAAAAGUGUUGGUACUGACCUUUAAAGCCCUAAAUGGCCUCGGUCCUGUAUACCUGAAGGAGCGUCUCCACCCCCACCAUUCUGGCGGUUCCCUCGUUGCGAGAAGCCAAGUUGCAGGGAACCAGACAGAGGGCCUUCUCGGUAGUGGCACCCACCCUGUGGAACGCCCUCCCAGCAGAUGUCAAGGCAAUAAGUAACUAUUUUACUUUUAGAAGACAACUGAAGGCGGCCCUGUUUAGGGAAGUUUUUAAUG